UCCAGCGACUUUCCCCAUUCAGGCUUUCUGCACCGAACGGAGAAGGGUACCUGAACGGACCCCCUCCUCCUCAUUCUCUUUGCAGAAGAAAAGGAAGGAUCCGCUCCUUCCCGGAGAUCAGAACUCAGACAAGAAUUCCAGGGCUCUCCCCGCGGCUUGGUUUUAUAUCUUGGAUAUUACGUUUCACAUCUGAAGAUAAUGGCAUUUCUAAGUCUCCAAGUGUUGAUUGGGGUGUUUAUUUGCUCUUGCAGCGUGAAAGGAUCUUCACAGCCUCAGGCCAGGGUGUUCUUAACAUUCAAUGAACUGCAGGAAACCAAGACCUCUCAGUUUUAUGCUCUUUCCCAUCACCCCUUAGACUACAGGAUAUUAGUGAUGGAUGAAGAUCAGGACCAGAUCUAUGUUGGCAGCAAAGAUCACAUUCUCUCUUUGAAUAUCAAUAAUAUAAGCCAGGAGCCUCUGAGUAUCUUCUGGCCAGCAUCAACAACCAAAGUUGACGAGUGCAAAAUGGCUGGAAAGGAUCCUACACAUGGUUGUGGCAAUUUUGUCCGUGUCAUACAGACUUUCAACCGUACUCAUUUAUAUGUGUGUGGGAGUGGGGCAUUCAGCCCUGUAUGUGCAUAUCUCAACAGGGGACGAAGAUCUGAGGACCAAGUUUUCAAGAUAGAUUCCAAAUGUGAAUCUGGAAAGGGACGCUGCUCUUUCAACCCUAAUGUGAAUACUGUCUCUGUUAUGAUCAAUGAAGAACUAUUUUCAGGAAUGUACAUCGAUUUCAUGGGAACUGAUGCUGCCAUUUUUCGCAGUUUAACCCGACGAAAUGCUGUGAGGACUGAUCAGCACAACUCCAAGUGGCUAAGUGAGCCUAUUUUUGUGGAUGCUCAUCUCAUCCCAGAUGGCACGGACCCAAAUGAUGCCAAAGUAUACUUCUUCUUCAAAGAGAAAUUGAUGGACAACAGCGGCAGCACAAAGCAGAUCCACUCCAUGAUUGCCAGAAUAUGCCCUAAUGACACAGGUGGACAGCGUAGUCUUGUAAACAAGUGGACAACUUAUUUGAAAGCAAGGCUUGUGUGUUCAGUAAUGGAUGAUGAUGGCACAGAGACCUACUUUGAUGAAUUAGAGGAUGUGUUUCUUCUUGAAACAGAUAAUCCCAGGACAACAUUGAUAUAUGGUGUAUUCACAACCUCCAGUUCUGUAUUUAAAGGCUCAGCAGUGUGUGUGUACCAUUUGUCUGAUAUCCAGAGAGUGUUCAAUGGUCCGUUUGCACACAAGGAAGGCCCAAACCACCAACUAAUUCCCUAUCAGGGAAGAAUUCCUUAUCCACGACCUGGGACAUGUCCUGGCGGAGCCUUCACACCCAACAUACGGACAACUAAGGAGUUUCCAGAUGAUGUGGUGACUUUUAUCAGGAAUCAUCCCCUAAUGUUUAAUCCUAUUUAUCCAAUCCACAAGAGACCUCUGAUCAUUCGAACAGGCACUGACUACAAAUACACAAAGAUAGCCGUCGACCGUGUCAGUGCUGCUGAUGGAAGAUACCAUGUUUUGUUUCUUGGAACAGACCAUGGUACGGUGCAGAAAGUUGUGGUCCUGCCCAAUAACUCUUCAACAAGGGGAGAACUCAUCUUAGAAGAACUUGAAGUGUUUAAGAAUAAUGCUCCAAUAACAACGAUGGCCAUUUCAUCUAAGAAGCAACAAUUGUAUGUAAGCUCGGAUGAAGGGGUCACCCAGGUUUCUUUGCACCGCUGUCAUAUAUACGGAACGGCUUGCGCUGACUGCUGCCUCGCCAGAGACCCCUACUGUGCCUGGGAUGGCAAUUCCUGCUCCAGGUUCUACCCAACCGGGAAAAGGAGGAGUCGAAGACAAGAUGUAAGACAUGGAAACCCUAUGACUCAGUGUCGAGGAUUUAACCUAAAAGCUUACCGAAAUGCAGCAGAGGUGAUUCAGUAUGGAGUCAAGAAUAAUACCACCUUCCUUGAGUGUGCACCUAAAUCACCACAGGCUUCAGUUAAAUGGCUGUUACAGAAGGACAAUGACAGAAGAAAAGAAGUCAAGCUUAAUGAAAGAAUCAUAGCAACUGAGCAAGGGCUCUUAAUUCGCUCUGUCCAGGAGGCUGACCGAGGACUCUACCAUUGCAUUGCAACAGAAAAUAAUUUCAAGCAAACAAUAGCAAAGGUGAACUUCAAGGUGUUGGAUUCAGACGUGGUGGCCUUCAUGACUGAAAAGUGGUCCCCAUGGACCUGGGCUAGCUCACUCCAGGCUUUGCAGUUUCAUCCCAAGGACUUGGUUGGAUCUAUCAGCCAUUCAGAACUGCAACUGAUUAAUCAAUACUGCAAAGACACAAGGCAGCUGGGACACCAGGCUGAAGACUCCCAGAAGAUGCGAGGAGAUUACAGCAAGUUGAAGGCCCUCAUCAACAGCAGGAAAAGUCGGAACCGAAGGAAUCAGUUGCCUGGAUCAUAAGGUUUUGUCUUGGCACAUCAUCCCCUCCUUUAUUUUUGUACCCCUCAAGGGAGUGUUUGUUUUGUUUUGUUUUCCUACUGAGAGUAUAGGGAAAAAAAACAUUAAUAAGACAAACCUGAUCAAAGAUUUGUUUUGCUUUUGUUAAGAUGGUAAAACAUAACCUGUCUAAGCUGAAGAUAAAAAAGGAAAUACCAAAUCCAAAGACUUUUCAUUAUGUGAAAGUGCCCUCUGACACCAGAUAGACCCUUAAUUAUAACUCUGUGAACCAGAUCAUUUGCCUUAACCCAGAUUCUCAUGUGAUGCACCGACUCUCCAGCUUGGAAGUAUGCAAGAUGGGAAGUAAAAAUAAGAUUUUUGGGUUAGGAGGGAGUGUGAACCAGAGCAAUAUAUACAGACAUAUCUUCAAUUUUGAUAACUGUAUUUCAGGGGUUCUUAACCUGUGAACGACAGAUCCCUAGAAGGGCUUCAAAGGAUCUGUGAACUGGGUGCAAAUACAACAUUUUGAAAACAGAUUUAUUUCCUGUUACUUUAAAUAUUGUAUAUAAGGUGAAGAAAA